GUUCAUUAAGAGAAAAGAGCUCAUCUUCAAGUAGUUCCAUUUAUUCAUCAUGUAUACCAAGUAGUCUUGUUUCAAGAAGUUCCAGUUGUGUUAGUCCAUCUUCAAGAAUUGAAAGUAGCUCCUUUUCAAGCAGUAAAUCUCUUCCCAGCAGAGCAGUUUGUUCAAGCAGUAUUCGUAAAUCCAUAUCAAGCAGCAAUGGCAGUCCAAGCAUUACAAGCUCAAGCAGCAUAAUGGUAUCAUGUAGUUCUCCUGGAAGCAGUCCUUUGCCAAGUAGCUUGAGUAGUAUUCCACAUGUAUCUAGUUCAGUCAGUGAAUGUUCAUUUACUAAAUCUCAUCCUAGUAUUUCUAUUCCAAGUUCAAUGAGUCUCAGUAAAUCCUGCAGUGCAAUGAUAUCAAGUAGCUGUUCAGGCAGUGAGAGUAAUAUUGUUUCCAGCAGCUCUGAAUCAAGUAGCCAUAGCAGUUUGAGUUCUGUUAUUUCAGUUUCAAGAAGUAGUUCAUGUUCCAGCAGUAUCAGUGCUUCUAGUAGUAAAUCGAUAUCAAGCAGCCAACACAGUUCAAGCUUUACAAGCUCUAUCAGUCCAAGUAGUUCAAGCAGCAUAAUGGAAUCACGUAGUUCUGGAAUUACAAGUAGUAUUGUUUCAAGCAGUUCUUUGUCGAGUAGCUUGAGCAUUGUUCAAAACAUAUCUAGCUCAGUCAGUGAAUGUUCACUAAGAGAAGUGAGCUCAUCUUCAAGUAGUUCCAUUUAUUCAUCAUGUAUACCAAGUAGUCUUGUUUCAAGAAGUUCCAGUUGUGUUAGUCCAUCUUCAAGAAUUGAAAGUAGCUCCUUUUCAAGCAGUAAAUCUCUUCCCAGCAGUUCUAUAUCAAGCUUAAUAAGUCUCAGUAUAUCAUGUAGUGCACUGAUAUCAAGUAGCUUUACAGGCAGUGGAAGUAAUAUUGCUUCCAGCAGCUCUGAGUCAAGUAGCCAGAGCAGUUUGAGUUCUGUUAUAUCAGAUUCAAGAAGUGAAAUUGGAUCAAAUAGUUCAUGUUCAAGCAGUAUUCGUAAAUCCAUAUCAAGCAGCCAUGGCAGUCCAAGCAUUACAAGCUCAAGCAGCAUAAUGGUAUCAUGUAGUUCUCCCGGAAGCAGUCCUUUGCCAAGUAGCUUGAGUAGUAUUCCACAUGUAUCUAGUUCAGUCAGUGAAUGUUCAUUUACUAAAUCUCAUCCUAGUAUUUCUAUUCCAAGUUCAAUGAGUCUCAGUAAAUCCUGCAGUGCAAUGAUAUCAAGUAGCUGUUCAGGCAGUGAGAGUAAUAUUGUUUCCAGCAGCUCUGAAUCAAGUAGCCAGAGCAGCUUGAGUUCUGUUAUUUCAGUUUCAAGAAGUAGUUCAUGUUCCAGCAGUAUCAGUGCUUCUAGUAGUAAAUCGAUAUCAAGCAGCCAACACAGUUCAAGCUUUACAAGCUCUAUCAGUCCAAGUAGUUCAAGCAGCAUAAUGGAAUCACGUAGUUCUGGAAUUACAAGUAGUAUUGUUUCAAGCAGUUCUUUGUCGAGUAGCUUGAGCAUUGUUCAAAACAUAUCUAGCUCAGUCAGUGAAUGUUCACUAAGAGAAAAGAGCUCAUCUUCAAGUAGUUCCAUUUAUUCAUCAUGUAUACCAAGUAGUCUUGUUUUAAGAAGUUCCAGUUGUGUUAGUCCAUCUUCAAGAAUUGAAAGUAGCUCCUUUUCAAGCAGUAAAUCUCUUCCCAGCAGUUCUAUAUCAAGCUUAAUAAGUCUCAGUAUAUCAUGUAGUGCACUGAUAUCAAGUAGCUGUACAGGCAAGCAGUUUGUUCAAGCAGUAUUCGUAAAUCCAUAUCAAGCAGCAAUGGCAGUCCAAGCAUUACAAGCUCAAGCAGCAUAA